ACAACAACAACAACAACAACAACAGCUGUUAUGUCACAAGGACGUCUAGGACGUAGCUCGAAAACGCGUGCCAUGUUACGAUUGAAUAAAACGGCUAUGGAAGCGAAAGGAGUUCUGUCGGAUAGUGACUUUAGUGAUACGGAAAUGAAGGUCAGCAACAAGAGGAAAAGAAAGCAAAGUGUGGCAGGACCAACAAGAAAGGCAAAGGUCGUAGUUCGUGCUCCUCGUGGAAAAGCUUUGGUAAAACUUCAAUUGGAAUUACUUAACAAACGGAAACAAGAACGUAACGAAUGGCUUAAUACUCAUGAUUGGCAAGAUGUUGACCAUCCUACUGAAUGGACUACAGCGGAUUGUUGUUUACGAUGUUCGACCAAGGCCUAUCGACAGGCUAUUAUCAAUGAUGAUCUACCUCAACUCAAGAAACUUUUGGACAAUCACAAUACAAUCCCGUCCUGGAAAAUGGAGGAACGUGUUAUGGCUGAGGAUAACGCACUUACUUUGGCUAUAUCUCAUGGAAAAAAGGCAAUGGUAGAUAUAUUGAAGGCACAUGACGAAACAAAGCAUAUCAAGCUCUCGCAGGAAGUUACUCGCUAUGGAAGUAAUACUGGUUAUAUUAGCAAAUAUACUUUUGGACAUGCGGUCAAGAAAGUGAACGAAUCAAGAGGCAAUCGUCUAGGAAAUUCUGCUUUUUAUCGUACUGCUUAUUAUGGUGAUUUCAGCAUGGAUAUCAAGAACAAAGGCACUCCUCUGUGUGAAUAUAUAUCAGUAUUAAAUACUCCCAAUGUUACUGAUCGCAAGGUAAUCAAGUGCCUCGAAAGCUAUGAUGAAUACAACGACAUGGACUUUCUUUAUCAUGUUGUUAACUCUGGAAACUAUGUAGUGGCCAAGACUCUACUGAAAAAUAGUGAAAACAGAGCUGGAUUCAAUCAAUUACAUGCUGCUGUUUUAUUGAAAAACCUGCCAUCCUUUAGAAAAAUCCAAAUUCUCAAAAAGCCUCAUUACUGUUACAACAUGACACCUUAUCUAUGCUCUGCAAUUCAUCCAUCUGCAAAAAAUUUGAAAACAUUCUUUGAACAAUUGGAUCCAGCCGAACGUGUUGAAAUGGACGAACUCUCCAGGACUGUGGCUCACUAUGCAGCUGUCAGUACCACACCUGAAUGUUUGGAAUACCUGAUCUCUCAAAACUUCAACUUCUCCCAUGGUGACAAGCAUCGUCUUACCCCGUUGAUUCAAGCUGCUCGCUUUGGUCGUACUGAAAAUAUCCGUCCUUUGCUACAAUAUUUAUCCAAUGAUUCUUUACCGUGCACUGAGUUUGCUGAUAACACUUUACUGCGUAAUCGACGUCGCCCACUUCACUUUGCAGCUUACUAUGGACACGCCAACACUUGCAAGGAAUUGAUUGAUUGUGGUGCUACAGUGGAUGCUAUUGAAUCCGGUCUCAAGUUUACUCCCUUGAUGCAAGCCGCUCAACGAGGUCACUUGGAUUGUGUGAAAGCUUUGGUUGAAUAUGGUCAUGCAGAGUUAAUUUUGGUGGACAAAUUUUCUAGAUCAGCACUACAAUUGGCUUGUAUGUGUGGGCAUUAUCAAGUUGCAAAAUAUUUAUUAUUACAAGGCAUGGAUCCUGAUGCAGCUGACUCGUCUGGAAAUACUUCUGCUCACUAUGCUGCUGCCUUUGGUUAUAUGGAAAUUUUGAAACUUUUGAUAGAAUUUGCUGGUGCGUCUCCAUCUAGUUAUAAUGUCUGGCGGUCUACUCCAUGCUCUGUGGCCAAUAUGAAAGGACAUAAUGCCAUUGUCAAGUAUCUCUUAUCCAUUCCUUCUGGUGGCAUCGAUAUCAAUUUCAAAGAUCAGGAAGGAUUCACCAUGAUGCAUCAUACUGUCACUGAACAUUUCAAGAAUACAUGUGAAAUGGAUCAGAAUAUGCGCAGGAUUCAAAUCAUGUUGGAACAUAAUCCUGAUGUCAACGCUCGCUCAAUCAAUGGUGAUACCGUUUUACAUUCUCUUUUGAGCGCCAAUUAUUAUUCGAAACACAAGUUUGAAUCCAAUGAAAAAGACGAUUUCUCAGCGGAUGAUGAACUAUGUAUCGAACAUCAACAAAAAAUUGCUCGACUACUUAUCAAGGCUGGUGCAGAUAUGAACGCAAAGAAUGUCAACCAAAACUCCCCUCUCUCCGUGGCCAUGGCUAAUCAAAAUUACCCAAUGGUGGCGAUACUAAUUGAAAAUGGAGCGAACUACUGGAACGAUACAGAUGACGCAGGCAAUACAUUUUUCCAUUAUCUUUUGUAUGGUUUUGGUCAAUUAGAUAAUGUGGAUUUGGAUACAAAACAACAUUGGUCUCGCUAUGAAGAAACUCGAUCUCGAUAUAUCAAAUGUAUGGCCAAUAUUUGGAAUGCGAUUGAAGCGAAUCCUGUUCCCAGUGAUCAAGUUAAUAAUAUUAAUAUUAACAAACCAAACAAAGAAGGUUACACUGCUCUUUUAUAUGCAAUUCAUGAAGUGAUCAAGAUGCAAAAGGCUUUUGUCUCUGAACAAAAAAGUCGCGUUCAAGCAGGAACCUCUCCUCGUUACCACAAUCGCUUGUUUGAAAACUCUACUGCACCUGUAGAAUCCGAAGAACGACGUCCUGUUCGCUUUAUAUUCAAAUUUGAUGAAUUUUUCAUCUAUGCUGGAAAACUUUUGGAUCGAUUCAAACCAAAUAUGAAUGCCAUUGUCACUUUGCCCAAGAACUUUAUGAAGAAAAAUCCGAAGGCUCAACCAAAGGAUUAUCCUCGAAAUACUGGUUAUAGUGCACUCCAUUUAGCCGCUCACACACAACAUGCUUUGUUACUGGAUUUCUUACUUUCUCAUGGAGCCGAUGUCAAUCAACAAGUCAGAAAAUCGAAUGAUAUCACUGGAAAAACAGCAUUGGCGAUGGCAUAUUUCACUCGGAAAAAUGAUACAUCACAAUAUCUAUCUGGAGAUCCUACUAUUGCUUCUGAACGUGCUCACAAACUCUUUGAUAUAUCUAUGCCUACAUUUGAAAAGGACCUUUAUUCAUCAUUGGAUGUUUUUAUCAAGUACGGUGUCAAUCCUUGCCUUGCUGAUGAAAAUGCCCAUACUGUGUUGAUGUCUGCUUCCAAAUCAUUAGACAUACAAGCGAUACAAAAGAUGUGUGAUUCUCUUUCUCUCCUUGGAUUGGAUGGUAUUCAAGGUCUUGAAUUACGGGAUGACUUUGACCACAAAACAGCUCUGAUGACAUCCAUUUCUACUUUUGAAACCAACUAUGAAAAAAACAAGAAUGAAAAGGAAAUUGACACGAACACAAUUGAACGAUUACUUACCGUUGGCGCUGAUGUGAAUGCAAUCUAUAAAGACGGUGAUUCUGUAGUAAUGAAAGUUCUGCGUCUUGGUUACUAUCCUCUGGUGGAAGUAUUUUUUGAAUAUACAAGAGUUCCUAUCGUUCAUACUGUGCGAAACAAAAAUGGAGAAAAUCCUUUGAUAGUUGCCUGCAAAUCAAAAGAAUCCAAAAUUCUCAAUCGAUACCUGGAAUGCUUUGGUCAAGAUACAAAAAAAAAUGGAAUGAUGGAUACGACUGUUCAUGUGAACGAACUUGACAAUGAACUCAAUGGACCUUUGGCACUAGCAUCUACUGCUGGAAAUGUUAACGCUGUACGUACUUUACUUUCUUAUCAAGCAAAUCCAAACUUGACUGGUUGUAAGAAAAAUCCAUUAUUUGAAGCUAUCAAAAAUUUACAUUUCGAUGUGGUGGAAGCAUUACUCUCUGCUGGUGCCGACUCCAAUGUACGUGAUCCCGAAGAUAGUACUUGUCCUUUACAUCACGCUGUCAAGACUGGAAAAGCUCUAUUGGUGCGAACUCUUCUUGAAUAUGGUGCAUCCCCAAAACAAGCUGACAAAUUGGAACAAACACCAUUACACUGGGCUGUACAACAGUCAAAAGGUCAAACGGAUCGAUCUAUGCGUGUUGAACGAUUACUUUUACAGGCUGGUGCUGAUAUCAACGCUAGAGAUAUAUUGGGUCGUACGCCAUUACAUGUUAUUUUUACUGGAUUACGCUCGAUACCUUGGAUGUGUCAAACUGUUCCAACACACAAAAAGGUGACCAAAUUGAUUGAGGAAAGGAAGCAAGCAAAGGAACAAGAAGACAGUAUCAAGAAAUAUGUUGCAAUGUAUGGACAUCUCAAUGGUGAUAUGGACAUAUGGUUGGAACAACAUAAACGAUCAGCGAUGGAAUUGGAAAAAAUCUCAAAGGCUCAAGAAGAAAAGGAUGAUAAGAACAAGGACGAGGUGAUAUUAACAGAUGAUGAUCGAAUCAAUCUUUUAAAAUACUUGGAUUUCAGCUUUGGACAAGACUCUGAAAAAAUUGAUCCUGUAGAUAUGCUUACGGAAUUGAUUGAUGUGAAUGGUAUAGAAUUGGAUUUGCCAGACUCAUUCGGACGUACGCCUUUCCAUUAUGCCGUUGCAGUGAAUGCUUCUACAUGUGCGACUAUGUUAUUGGAUUCUGGCAAGGUCGAUAUCAAUGCUCAAGAUGCUGAUAAAAAUGGUGGUGUUCAACUAGCUUUACGAUUCAAAUUUUCAAAUUUGGCAGUAAUGAUCUAUAAUCGAGGUGGCAAAGAUUCGGAUAUCUAUCUCCCAGAUGGUGGCAAGUCUUCAGUCAUCAGCUUUAGUUUGGCUCAUUCUUUUAUGAAUGUCAGUUAUCUAUUUGUUUCCAACUCUGAAACCGCACUUAAUGCAAUAUAUGACUCUGUACGUAAUGGAAAAUACCAUUUCGCUCAUACUUUGAUGCGACAUGCUGAUGACUCCGUAUUGAGUGGCAUUAUUCCUGGCAAGAAUCAAAAUUUAUGGCAUGUGCUUACCAACUUCCAACCCAAUACAGAAAUUUGGAAUGAUUAUCUCCCAGACAUUUUGGAAAGAAUUUCAACACUAAACCUGGAACUUUUUGCGGACAAGGAAAACUGUACACCUAUUCAUUAUGCUGCUUGGAAUGGACAAGAAGUAUUGUUGAAACAUUUACUUACUUUGGACCCUCGCCCAGAAACAACAUUUGAUACUACUUAUCAAUUCUCUCAUGUUAGAAUGGCUGUGGACUCCAAUAGUGUGAACUGUGUGAAGUUGCUAUUGGAAGCUGGCUUACCAUUGACUCAAGGAAACCUUAAAGAUCAUCCGUCUGCCCUUUUCCACGCAGUGCACAAGGAAAACAUCGAUAUGAUCAAACUACUAUUACAAUAUGGUGCUGCCUUGGAUGAUGAUAGUCAGUAUGGCCGACGAAAUGCAGUCUUGGAUGCUUGUAUGUUGGAAAGGGCUGAUAUCCUUCAGAUUUUGGUGGAUGCUGGUGCAAAUGUCAAUACACCUUCAAGGUUGAUCCGCAUCAUGGAAGGACAAAGAUAUUUUGACUCGGAAUCACAUCCUAUAUUUUUUGUCUGUCACCGUAAAAACAUUGAACUAUUGAAGAUCCUAUUGAAAGCAUCGGCAAACACAGAUGUGAUUGGUGCAAACGAUGAAAGGGUGGAAGAUGGUCGCUCAUGCUUAAUGUACAAUGUGUCUACCUGUCGAUUGGAGAACGUCAAGCUUUUAUUGGAACAUGGUGCCGAUUUGAACAUAAAGGACAAUAAAUCUCCUCGAUCAGCAUUCUAUCAAGUAUUUUUCGAAAAAGCAAAGAAAGCACUUGACAAAAAGUGCUCAUGUUGGUCUGAAAUAUACGAAAUGAUGUUCAAUCAUACUCCUGCUCCUGAUGUUAACAUGAUUGAUGUAGAAACUGGUAUGACGCCUUUGGAAUUUGCUAUUCGAAAUCAUGAUAUCGCUUUGGUGGAUCGUCUUCUUGUACUUGGUGCUGACCCGAAUGUUGUUAGUUGCAAGACGACGCUAGAAUCUACUGACCUAUAUACUGAUCAAGUCAACGCGGUAUUCCAUUGUAUUCUUCAUGAUGAUUUGGAUAUAUUAAAAGUACUAUGCAAUACAACGAAAUACGCUAUUGAUUGGACUGCCGUUGACUCCAAAGGACGAACUAUCAUCGCGCGUGCUAUUGAUAUUAAUGAUGGCUUUGGAUACCGAAAUAUCGAAGUCAUCAACUUCUUGGUGGCUCAAAUGGGUGUGACUUUGUACAAAAAUCUUGUUGAAAUUGCUGAUCAUGAUGGAAAACGACCUACGGAAAUUGCAUCGAUGCACAACCGAAUAGAUCAUUACGAUACAUUGGUUCAACAUGGUGCGUCAAGUACGGAAAUUGCAGAAGAAAUUGACGAGUUUAUGGAUGACAGUGUUGGCGACGUAAUGGAUUUGGAACGCAUCCCCUUGGAAACUGUGGAACAAGAUGCUGAAGCUGAACGUACUCUUUUACAAGCCAUUAAGGACCAAAAGAAGAACAAGAGCAAGAACAAGAACAAGAACAAGAACAAAGACAAGAAAAAGGUUGUAAUUGAUCAUUACUCACAAAUGGAAAAGAUUGGUACUAUUGUCUUGGAUGAAGAUGGUGAGCCCUAUGAUAUCAUGAUUAUGAAAGUGGAAGUUGGGCGGUCCUUAUACAGCUGCAAUAUGUUUUACAAGUUGUCGGUAAUUUACAACAAUCUUCUGGAUCUGUAUGUUCUUUGGACUCGUUGGGGUGCUUUUGGCGAAGAAGGCAUGCAUCAAAAAACACCUUAUCUAUCUCAAGAUGAAGCAGUGUCAGCUUUCAAAUCCAUCUUCAAAUCCAAAACCGGAAAUCUAUGGCAAGACCGUCUGACUAACUUUGUUGAAAAAGGAGGUCGUUAUCAACUCAUCAAGGCUAGAGAUCCUGUCAAAGAUGCUAUUUUAGACGAUGUCGAUUUGGAUUUUACUCACAAUGAAAUUCAACCUACACAAUUACCAAGGAGUCUACACAAUACUAUGAAACUCUUCUGCAACUUCAACACGCUCAAGAACGCUUAUAAAAAUGUCAAAUUGGAUAUUCCCAUUGGUCAAGUUCCUCCAGAAUCAAUUCGUGAAGCUACAGCUAUUUUCAAACGACUGGAAAGAAUCGCCGAAUAUCUUGUAGACAAAUAUAACGAGGAAGUAGCUGCUCGUUACAAUGAAAUGAUUCACAAAGGUAUUCAAGCAAGCAGUCGUUACUACCGCUUAUUACCGAUCAACAAUCCAAACAACAAACAAGGAUUACGACCCCUGUUAUGCAGAAAUCAAUUGAAUACUGAAAGGGCCCGGUUGAAUGAUGCUCGAUAUAUCAAUUUUACUCUCAAUGUUGUUUUGGCGGCGAAACAUCAGGCUAAGGAAAUCAAUCCCUUUGACUAUUCUUAUCGUGCUCUUGGAUGUCAACUGACAGAGGUAAUGUCUGAUUGCCGUGAAUUCAACGUGGUUUCCAAGUAUAUGAAGAGUACUUCAAACGAUUCUGUAUACGAAAUUGCACAUAUGUUUUCAGUGAAUCGGGAUGAAGAACAACAACGAUUUUCACCGUUUGCUUCAGACAAAAAUCGUAAAUUACUUUGGCAUGGAUCUCAAUUGGGUAACUUUAUGGGAAUUUUGAAUCAAGGUCUUCGAUGCAAACCUAAAUUUGCUGGUGAAACGGGUUCAAUGCUUGGAAAUGGAAUCUAUUUUGCCGACAUGUUUUGCAAAUCCAUUGGCUACGCCAACAACAGCUAUUAUGAAACCAAGAAUUCUGCCUAUGCUCUAUUAUUACUCUGUGAAGUGGCUUUGGGAAAAGAAUGUCCAGUGACGCCAUGGGAUACAAAUGAAUAUGUUUAUAAAAAGGAAGAAAAGCAGUAUAACUCUAUGAAAUGUAUUGGAAGAAAUGGUCCAAAUUUAUCUAAUGCCGUUUAUGACACUAAUGGGGUGAUGAUUCCUAUGGGUCCUGCUGUCACAAUGGAAUUACCUUCUAAUCUUAGAGAUAGUUCAAGAACAAAUUACAACGAAUACUUGGUAGAGGAUGAAGCUCGAGUCAAGAUUCGCUAUAUGGUGUUGGUUCGUCAUAGUCAAUCCUGCUUCCUUUGUGAGACUCGGAAUAAUUCUGCGAACAUGACAAGUUUAGAAGAUCAUGAAUUCAAGUCUGUCUCUUGGAAGGAUGUCAAUUCAUUCGAAAAGGAAAUCUUCAACAUGUACCUGAAUGAUAUCAGCAAGACACCAAAACAAUACUUUGAUGAAAAGUUGCCCAUCUUUUUGGAAAAUCAAAAUACAUACGAUUCUUUGCACUCUUGGUCCCUUGCUAUGGAUAUUGAUAGAAGAAGCAAAAUAUGCAAAGAUUGUGCCAACAAGAUGAUUACUAUUAUGAUUACUAAGGAAAUACAAGAUUUACAGUCCAAUCUGGAAGCUUCUGGGCAAUUGAACAAAUAUCCCUUCUUCCGUAUGACACUUUGCCGAGAUGGACGACAAUGCAAAGUGCAAUACGACUUCCCAGAACACGCAAAGAAGUACCAACAUUGGAAGGACAAGAAGGAUGAUGGAUUAACUACAACAAUUGAAAACAACAACGGUGUGACAGCUCUCCGACAUGAAGAUGACGAUGAUGAAGACGACGAUACGGACGAUGAUAUGGACAAUAACAAUGAACAGGAUGAUUAUAUGGACUUAGAUUAUUAGUGAUCGACAUUCUCUUUAUCUAAUAUAUAUAUAUAUAUAUAUCACCAUCCUUUUUACUCUUGAUUUACUAUAUGACCUUCUUUUUAUAGCUAUAUAUGCCCC